AAUAUCAACUUAUGUCCCACAAAGCGAGUUUAUCUACAUGUUCAUGAGAAAUAGAUUAUUUUUAAACUAUAUUCUUAAUGAAAUUUCGCUUUCAUUCAACAUUCGAGUUGAUGUGACCGAGUUUUUUAGGAGAACUUUAAGAUCAGCGUUGAUUUCAUGCAGUUAACCUUCAAGGUCGUUAAAAAUAAAGCAGGUCCACGAAAUUAUUAUAGAAGAAGAGACCAUUGGAAAAACUAAAUCUAAUUAGACCUUAGGUGCAACGUCUUUCGAAUUGUCAACAUUCGCUGUCGAGUCGAAAAUAUUGAAAGGCAUAAGAAUGUCGAGCUCGGGCAUGCGGGGCAUCAGACGCAAGAAGUCGGCAGUUGCUGAGGUGAAGAUCGCUGUCAUAGGAGCGCCCAGCGUCGGCAAGAGCGCUCUCGUGGUGAGAUUCCUCACGAAGCGAUACAUCGGAGAGUACGAUCACCAAUCAGAGCAGCGGUACCGCAGUGAGGCCGUGGUUGACGGAGAGCCCGUCUUGUUCGAGGUGCUCGACACUUGUAAUAAAAACGACGAUGACUUACCCGGAGCAGAAAUAUUGUCAUGGGCAGACGGCCUGCUGCUCGUGUACUCCAUCACAGACCGCCAAUCUUUUGAUUGGGUGAAGAGAUGCCGUCUGCACUUCACCGAGCAAGGCACAUGGCCACUGAGACUAUCAGGAAGCUCUUCACCCUCCUUGUCGCCCAGUCCACCGCCCUUGGAUGUGUCGCCGUCCACCAGUCCCCCAACUCUACUGCUCGGCAACAAGGCUGACAUGGUCCACCUCAGACAAGUCUCUUCUGAAGAAGGGGAAAUAUUAGCGAAGGAUAUGGAGUGCCAGUUCUGCGAGGUCGCGGCUUCGGACCAAGUCUUGCAAGUAGCCUCUGCAUUCCACGACCUCUACAGAGAAGUUCAGAGCUGUCGGAAACGAUGCAAAACUUCACUUUUGGACAGAGUAUUAGGGGCGAAUAAAACCAGCCGCUCAUAUGUCAGAGGGAAGAGUGACUCAGCUCUACCUAAAGACUGACGCAUAUCGCGCGCUUAUCUUUAGUAUGCAUUAUAAUCUACGCUCAAUCUUGUUACUGAGAUUUUUUAGAGAUUUUUAACAGUGUCCUCAGUAAUGAAAUCAAUGAAAAUUAAAAUAGUAAAAAUAACCUUUUUUGAAGAAUUGUGUUCUGCUACAUAGGCCAUAAUUGAAAAUACGUUGAAUCAGAAGAUACGCUAUAACAUUGUUAUGCAUAUUAUUUUGUUCCAAUUAUAACGUACCAGCACGCUCUGACAAAACCAAAAAAAAUUUGUUAUCACUCUAAUUUUCCCGUUUCACUUUUGUGACUUGUAUUUAAUAUAAAUGAGCCGAAGGUAAUAGGCGGAUGUAUUAUAUGAUUGAUGCAAACUUUAGCUUCAACUCAUCUAGUUGGAAUGAAAUUGAAGGAAAAGAGUAUGCGGCAUAUUGUUACGUUUUCAGAGUGUGCAUGUAUAAAUAAGUUAAGAUCAUAUCGCAUUCAUACUGGCUAGGUGAAAAAAUUGUGUAAUUCUUAAUUAAUUAAAACAAAUUGUGUAAUUUUUCAGUUAUUUACUUCGUUCAGCCGUUAAAUAUGAAUGCGCGAAUUAUUUUCAUGAUGCCACAUAUCGCGUUCAUACUGGCUAGGUGAAAAAAAAUUGUGUAAUUCUCAAUUAAUUAAAACUGUGUAAUUCUCCAGUUACUGACUUCGUUCAGCCGUUAAAUCUGAACGCGCUAAUUAUUGUCAUGAUGACGACAAAAAUCAAGGAGCAUAUUAUUUAAUAACAGAAACUACUUUUCGUUUUCGGUAACUUUCUACUGAAACCAUCCCACUUCUGUUGCUAUGCAUACAACAGGGACACCCGUUAAAAUUUCGCAAGUCAGCGAAUCUGAGAUUGAGGCGAACGCCGAACAGUAUCUUGACCUAAUCUCCUUAAAGAAACAGAUGGUAAUUAUGCGUAGGUGUUAAUUGCGCGUAGGAUGAAACUUACGCAGCGUAACUGCCGUGUUACUGGAGCACGGCUGGCGCCUCUGAUGCCAGCGAUCCUUGACUGUGAUGACGCUCACAAUGAUGAGUGGCGUCUUGUGAUGACAUAUCAUGUCGACGAUGACAGUACAAUGUUGAAUAAAAAUGCUUCACAAUGAAUUCGUCUUCCAUUUACUGGAUGCAAGUAGCCUCCUUCAUGUCUACUUGUAGGAAUGAAUAGUCUCUGUGUAUUCAAUGGAUGACGUCGCCAGUGAACCAUUCCUGGUGAAUAAUUUAUUACUUAAUGUAGCCGUAAUUCAAGCUGUUGUCUUAUGAAUAUGAAUUUUUUUAGAAAUGGACAUUAAGCAGCUACAAAUAAGUUUUCUGUUCUACUGCAUUAUUAGCAUUAAAAGCCACGGCGUCGAUCCAGAGCCUUUAACUAUGAAGAUAAAUAGCGUUAACAGUGGCCUUCGUCCUUUUUCAGAUGGGAUGCGUUAUUGAUUCAAUCCUCUAGCUAAGGAAUAGUGCAAAGGAAAUCAUCUAUGUAAAUCAUUGGAGAAUUUACGUGAAGCAAAUAACAGGUAACACUGAUACGGUUUUCCCAUUUGUUCGAUAGCCUGCGUUUAUUUCUUCAGUUUUACAAACAAUUCUAGAAAACAUUCUAAUUAGCGUCAGUAAGUUGGCCAGUCGAGGGAAAUCAUGUAGAUAUUGCAACAUCAGUGCCAAAUCAAUACAGUAUUUAAAAUAAAUCUCUGAACUAUAACUGUAUUUAACUUACAUCAAGCUUGACGAUACAUACAUACAUUUACAAUACUUUGCAGUUAAUAUUAAUAAAGUUUUCUUACAACUAACUGACAGCUAGUGUGAGUAAUAAUUUGAUAGUCUAACAAUUCCUUUUUCGAUAUCAACAUUUAUUAUUUUACCCUUUAGAAAGUAAUUCCAGAAACUCAACCGGGAAAUCUAGUCUGCAUAUCCGUAGCAGUUCUCGUGCGUAAGUCGUCGCGGAAGAGUACACAUUGAACCUCCCGUCUCCGUGUUCUCAUUCUGUCACGGGAAGUGUGCGGUACAACAGACAGAAAGGCGCGGUAUUGCACGCAAAUCUCGUGCAAACCUCGCAAUCUGAACCAUCUGAACCGUACAAUACACGAGGAGAACCGCCCUUUGCAAUGACGUGACUUCAACAUUAAGUUGACACUUAAGUCGCGAUUGUGAUGGCAGCUUUGCUCGACAGCUCUCAGUUGACUCUAAGGCUUUUGCCGCAGCCGUUGUUUCCGUUCCUUCGCAGCGAGUGUCGCGCUAUUUCGCAAUUAAAAGCUAAAUAAUUUGCUCCCAAGAAUAAUAUUUAAUUUUCUAUAAUUUUGAUUUCAUUGGUGAACAUUCGGAAGUUAUUGA